AGAAAAGGAAAAAUUACUAUACCUAAUAACCCAAAUCGUUCACUAAACAGCUCUCAACCUCUGAUUCUCCCGAUUUCCGACUCUCACAACGGUCUCAUCACCGUUGGUCUCGGGCUAUCAUUGAAACACAGUCAGCCAAUCACGAAUCACGGAUUUCUGUUUGACGCAGACGCCAUCAUGACUCUUAAUCUCACACUCGACCUUCCAAUUAGUUCUUCAGAAUGGAAACAGAAGAAACCAGAUUGAACUCUGAAAUAAAAGAGAAAAUUGUCCCCAGUUUUUCACAUUUCAUGGCAAGGGUUGCUAAAUAUGAGGAGCUAGUAGCUGCAGGGAAUAGAUUUCUUGAUAUCUUUCGUCAAACUCUUGAUUUCAUUCGAAGACCUUCUAUUGAUAACACAUCACAACUCUUUGAAAAUCUGAAAAUCUCAACAAGUGAAAAGAUUGUUUAUGCAAUCAAUCUAAAGACAUCAUCAGGAGAAUUAGAGAAAUUAUGCACCAAGUUUGGAGACUAAUUCCAUAGCUCCUUUGAUUACAUUCUAAAGGUUAUGUAUGUUGGUAAUGACGAUCCUACCCUUUGUACACACCCCUGUUUCAUCCUGUCCAAUCAAUAGCUUAACAAUUAAGUAUGCCAUGGAAAUUGUGAAAGGGUUAAGGUAAUACUUUAUUUAAUAUCUAACACAAAAUAACAAUAUGACAGAAGGCAGAAGGCAGCAUGCAAGUUUUUUUCGGAAAUUGUCGAACAAUAUGACAUCACAACAAGUGAGUAUUCAUUUGUUGAUUUAUAUGUUUGGAACUUGUUCACCUUCAUUGUCAUAUACACAAGUUGCAAAGAUAUAAUUUGUUAGAAAUAGUUGCAAAGAUAUAAUUUGUUAGAAAUAGAAUAAGUCAAUAAGGUAUUUGAUAGUAAUAGAAUUUGGAUUUCUUAUGGAUUGUGUAUGUUUAUUUUCCGUAUUUAUAUUU